AUGCGAAGGGAGGUGGAGAUGCAAGAUGUGGAUUGGACGGCUUUUCCGAAGCCGUCGGAAGAGAUGCAAAGCAGCUGGCUGUUGCAACACUCUCCAAAAGUCAAGAAGAAGACAACUAUAAGGAAACAUACCUGUGCCUGGACGCUAGCCUUCGUUGGCAUUGUGGUGGUUAUCGCGUGUUCGAUAACGAUCAGAGUUCGCAAAACGCAUCGACAACACUACCAACAACAACAACCGCCUGAAGCUUACAGCAUUGCGCUUCACACCGGACUGAAGUUCUUCAACAGCCAGCGUUCCGGGCACUUGCCAGACGACAAUAACGUUACGUGGAGAGGGGAUUCAUGUAUGCAAGACGGGAAGUAUCCAGGGAGCAUCCAUCCAAACUUGUCUGGAGGUUACUAUGAUGGUGGUGACGCAAUAAAGUCUAACUUCAAGAUGUCUUUUGCAAUGACCAUGUUGAGUUGGAGUGUGAUCGAAUAUCACUCCAAGUACCAACAACUUGGCGAACUCAGCCAUGUUGAAGGGAUUAUCAAGUGGGGAACUGACUAUUUUCUCAAGACUUUUGACACUAGUGCUGCUGAUACAAUCCAUGAUAUGGUGUCACAGGUGGGACGUGUAGGAACUGAACGUUACUGCUGGAUGCGUCCUGAGGACAUUGACUACGAAAGACACGUCCAUAUAUGCAUCGGUGAAUGCCCUAGUCUUGCUGCAGAAAUGGCGGCUGCUCUUGCCUCAGCAUCCAUGGUUUUCAGUGAAAACGUAGCGUAUUCUCAAAGGCUAAUACACGGUGCGAAAAUUCUAUAUAAAUAUGCGGAGUCCUCUAUGAAAGAGAAAGACGGAAGUAGCUCCUGGGAUGAGCUAUUAUGGGGUGGAGUUUGGCUCUAUUACGCUACAGGAGAAGUAAGUUACCUUGAUCGAGUAACAACUCUUGCCUUGGCACACGAUCCUUCACGUGACUCUGGUCAUGUGUUCAGUUGGAACACAAAACUCGCGGGAGCUCAGUUGCUUAUGACCCGAUUGAGGCUGUUCUUAAGUCCCGGAUAUCCAGCUGAAGAAGUUUUGAGACAAUAUCAUGAUCAAAUCAGCAUUGUUAUGUGCUCUUACUUGCCGUCUUUCAACACGUUUAAAAGAACCAAAGGUAGAGGUUUGAUCCGGCUACAAGGAGAUGCACAGCCUCUGGAAUAUGCUGCAAAUGCGGCUUUCCUUGCGGCUUUAUACAGUGACUAUCUUGAUGUUUCUGAUACUCGUGGAUGGUCAUGUGGGCCUAAUUCCUACUUCACUUAUGUACUACGAGACUUCUCGAGAUCACAAAUUGACUACAUACUGGGUAAGAAUCCUCAAAACAUUAGUUAUGUUGUGGGAUUUGGAGAGCGGUACCCAAAACAAGUACACCACAGAGGCGCUUCGAUACCCAAGAACAGGAAAGAGAGCUGCAAAGGAGGCUGGAUCUGGAGAGAAAGCUCAAAGGACAACCCUAAUGUGAUUGAAGGAGCAAUGGUUGCUGGACCUGACGGGCAUGAUGUGUUUUAUGAUGUUCGUACCAACGCCAAUUACACAGAGCCGACACUAACAGGCAAUGCGGGUCUCGUGGCCGCUCUAGCCGCCUUAUCCGGAGAGAGAAACAUGUUUGACAAAAACCGCAUGUUCUCUGCAAUACCUCCUUUGUUCCCGACCGUGCCUCCGCCACCAGCUCCUUGGGCACCUUAG